UCCUCGUUCAGUGUUCACGAGCGUUGACUAAAAUCGGAACAUUAGUUUCUUGCUCCACAUUUUUCUUCUCUUGUGUCGACGAAACGCCGGUGAUUGAAAAUGGUGAGAAAGACAUAAAGAAGAGCAUAUCAUGUUUGAUUUCCUCAGCUCUCAUCACGAACCCCUUUUUUUUUUUUUUUUCAGCCGCUGAGGUUUGACAUUAAGCGGAAGCUGGCAGCCACGGCUGACCGUGUAAAGAGCGUGGACCUUCACCCAACUGAGCCGUGGAUGGUGGCCAGUCUGUACAACGGCAGUGUAUGCGUGUGGAACCACGAAACACAGACUCUGGUGAAGACUUUGGAGAUGUGUGACCUUCCUAUCAGAGCAUCCAAAUUUGUGGCCAGGAAGAACUGGGUCAUCACAGGAGCAGAUGACCUGCAGAUCCGUGUGUUCAGCUACAACACCUUGGAGCGUGUUCACAUGUUUGAGGCCCACUCUGACUACAUCCGUUGCAUCGCUGUCCACCCAACCCAGCCCUUCAUCCUCACCAGCAGCGAUGAUAAGUUGAUCAAGCUAUGGGACUGGGACAAGAAGUGGACCUGCAGCCAGGUGUUUGAGGGUCACACGCACGAUGUCAUGCAGAUCGUCAUCAACCCUAAAGACAGUAAUCAGUUUGCAAGUGCCUCCCAAGACAGGACUAUUAAGGUGGCGAUCAAACACAUCCCAAAAAGACACGUGUGCAUGUGUCAGUUCAUAAACGGGAACGCAUAUCUGGUCCCACUUGAGGUUGUGCUAAUGCAACAAGUUGGAGGAAGACAUGGAAUAAUUUCUCUGCUCGACUGGUACAGUCUGGACAAAGAGAUUGUACUGGUGAUGGAGAGGCCCUGCAUGGACCUCUAUGACUACGUAUAUGAAAAGGGCCAAAUGGAGGAAGCAGAGGCAAAGAACAUCUUGAAGCAGCUCGUAGACGCAGCAGUCACGAUGGACGCUGCAAACGUUUUCCAUCGUGACAUCAAGAUGGAAAACGUCCUCAUUGACACCAGCUCCGAUUUCCCUCGUGUCUGGAUCAUCGAUCUUUGAAACGGCAGCUUUGGAUCCACUCUGGUGCACAAGAAUUUAUUUUGAACCAUUGACUUGGCUCCUCCAGAAGUUGCUGCAUGUGGGGAGUACAAGGCCAACCCCACCACAGUUUGGCAGCUCGGAACUCUGCUCUUCGAAAUUCUGCAUUAUGCUCCAUUCGAACAGGAGGAGUUCUUCUUCAGGCGGGAAAUCGACGCAAGGCUUUCUCACACGGAAUUAUACACCACCCUCAGUUUCUACAACAACAGUUUCCUCAAUUUCACUUCAUGAGCUCUGGAGCGUGAGUACUGUGGGUGGGGUGAGAGUGUGUGAGUGGGCCCACCACUCAACGAAAAAAAAAGAGUAAAAUCC